AUGGAGUUGGCGAAUGGGACUGUGGCCCAGGGGUUCAUUUUGCUGGGAUUUGGAAUGGAUCAGCAAAAACGCUUCUUGCUGCUUCUUUUCUUGAUUACCCUUUAUGUUCUAACACUGGUUGAAAACAGCACCAUUAUAACCCUGGUCUGUCGAGAUAGCCAUCUGGGCCAGGUCCCCAUGUACAUCCUUCUGAGAAACUUUUCCUGGCUGGAGAUGUGCUACGUGACCACCACGAUUCCCUGCAUGCUUUUUGACCUUGCGACCCAUAACCAGGUUAUCUCUUUCCAUGCUUGCUUCCUCCAGUUCUAUCUCUUGUUCUCUCUUGGCACCACUGAAUUCUUCUUCCUUUCAGCCAUGGCUUUGGAUCGAUACUUAGCCAUCUGCCACCCAUUGCACUACCAGACCAUCAUGUCACCACAUUCCUGUUGCAUUCUGGUAACCGCAUGUUGGCUCCUUGGUUUCCUGGGAUACAUCACACCUGUUGUUUUGAUCUCCAAGUUGUCCUUCUGUGGACCCAACAUUAUUGACCAUUUUUUGUGUGACCUCGUUCCGCUGCUCUCUGUGGCUUGUCCUCCACUUGGAAAUGCUCCUUUGAUUUGCCAAAUUAUUGUGCACCUUCUGUUUUUAAGCAAUGUAAUAUUCGUCAUACUAUCCUAUGGCAUUGUGAUCUACACUUUGAUGAAAUCCUCCAGUAAAGGGAAUUGCAGGAAAGGCUUCAACACUAUAUCUAUGCAUCUUUUGGUGGUUACCCUUUUCUACAGCACAGUAGGAGCAAUGUAUGUCAUUCCAGUUGGAGAAAGUUAUUUAAAGGUUAAUAAGAUAAUAACACUCUUCUAUGCUGCCAUUAUACCUUUUCUCAACCCCUUGAUCUACUGUCUGAGGAAUGAUCAAGUGAAGGAGGCUCUGCAUAAAUUAUUGGCAGAAAUAUCAGAGUCAAUAAUGUCAACUAUCACAAUAUAG